GCGCAGACCGCGCGGGCGGCGCGAACAGCGUUUCAAACAAACGAGUCGCUGAAGCUAAUCUAUUGGCGGCUGACUGUGGAUUCUAUACGUUCGGAGACACUCUGAGAGGCUACUGAUUUGCACCGUGUAACAGACUGAUCAUUCAUGAAGGAGCGUGACUCAGAAAUGAGGGGAGGAGACAAUAACAGGCAGGAAUACAGUUAAUUUGGAGGCAUCCUUUUAGAAUCGGGGCCUCCAGGAUCCAGGUCCCUGGGAUGCAUGCAGACUGUUGUGCUUUCCACUCCUAAAUCAGAUCUGCGGCUCCAGCACCAUUGCUGCGUUUUGCUCCUGGGUUGGGGAGGUUGCUGUCAACAGCGGGUUGGUUAGGUGGUAGCUUUCGUGCCUGCCGAGGAAGGAUCCCUAGGUUGCUCGCUCUCGCUUUCGCUCUCCCCCUCCCUCCCUGUAACAUGCCAGCCCUUUAAUGUGGAGUGUCAGGGAGACGGUGACGUCACCCUGCCCGCUGGGUGGCGUCCCCUCGGUCCGACACGAGUUCAGAGACAGAGAAAGGCGCUGUCAGACUGCGCUCCACUUGGGGCUCGCCUGCCGCAGGUUUCCGCACGCCCACACUUUCUGCGGUCCAGGGACGCCGGGCCGCAAUUCAGGCCAUCUUCUCCCCUGGCCGGGGUUCGAGCGUCAUUAGCUCAGACGAGAGCCCGGAUCUUCACGCAGAACCCGCCGGAGUCCCGCCCGCUGGAUUCGAGGACCCGCUUGGAUGCUUCGCCUCCGAGCGCCCUCGGAAGAUGGGCCGGCAGCCACACGCCUAAAGACACCUAGGAGUUACCAGUCUCCAAGGCAGACCCGGAGGGCUUGGCCCGGGGUUCCGCGGCGGAGGAGAUGGCUUCCAGCCCGCUGCCGGGGCCCAACGACAUCCUGCUGGCGUCGCCGUCGAGCGCCUUCCAGCCCGACGCGCUGAGCCAGCCGCGGCCAGGCCACGCCAACCUCAAACCCAACCAGGUGGGCCAGGUGAUCCUCUACGGCAUUCCCAUCGUGUCGUUGGUGAUCGACGGGCAGGAGCGCCUGUGCCUGGCGCAGAUCUCCAACACACUUCUCAAGAACUUCAGCUACAACGAGAUCCACAACCGCCGCGUGGCGCUGGGCAUCACGUGCGUGCAGUGCACGCCAGUGCAGCUGGAGAUCCUGCGGCGCGCGGGCGCCAUGCCCAUCUCUUCGCGCCGCUGCGGCAUGAUCACCAAGCGCGAGGCCGAGCGUCUGUGCAAGUCAUUCCUGGGCGAAAACAGGCCGCCCAAGCUUCCGGACAACUUUGCUUUCGACGUGUCGCACGAGUGUGCCUGGGGCUGCCGUGGCAGCUUCAUCCCCGCGCGCUACAACAGCUCGCGCGCCAAGUGCAUCAAAUGCAGCUACUGCAACAUGUACUUCUCGCCCAACAAGUUCAUUUUCCACUCCCAUCGCACGCCCGACGCCAAGUACACUCAGCCAGACGCUGCCAACUUCAACUCGUGGCGCCGUCAUCUCAAGCUCACUGACAAGAGCCCCCAGGACGAGCUAGUCUUCGCCUGGGAGGACGUCAAAGCCAUGUUCAAUGGCGGUAGCAGAAAGCGUGCACUACCCCAACCGGGCGCACACCCCGCCUGCCACCCGCUUAGCUCCGUGAAGGCGGCAGCAGUGGCAGCCGCGGCCGCAGUGGCAGGGGGCGGGGGACUGUUGGGCCCGCACCUGCUGGGCGCACCCCCGCCGCCGCCGCCCCCGCCACCCCUGGCGGAGCUGGCGGGCUCACCGCACGCUCAUCACAAGCGGCCGAGAUUCGACGACGACGACGACUCCCUGCAAGAGGCAGCCGUGGUGGCCGCCGCCAGCCUUUCGGCUGCAGCCGCUAGCCUCUCAGUGGCCGCUGCCUCGGGCGGCGCCGGGACUGGAGGGGGCGGAGCCGGGGGAGGCUGUGUGACCAGCGUCGGCGCUGGCGCCGGGGCAGGAGCGGCGGCGGGCGCCAAAGGACCGCGCAGCUAUCCGGUGAUCCCGGUGCCUAGCAAGGGCUCUUUCGGGGGCGUGCUGCAAAAGUUCCCAGGCUGCGGGGGCCUCUUUCCUCACCCUUACACCUUCCCGGCCGCAGCCGCCGCCUUUGGCUUGUGCCACAAGAAGGAGGACGCGGGUGCCACAGCCGAGGCCCUGGGGGGCGCAGGUGCUGGCGGUGCGGGCGCGGCGCCCAAGGCCGGCUUGUCCGGCCUCUUCUGGCCAGCGGGCCGAAAGGACGCCUUUUACCCGCCCUUUUGCAUGUUCUGGCCGCCGCGGACCCCCGGCGGGCUUCCAGUGCCCACUUACCUACAGCCCCCGCCACAGCCGCCCUCGGCGCUGGGAUGCGCGCUUGGUGACAGCCCGGCCCUGCUGCGCCAGGCCUUCCUGGACCUGGCCGAGCCCGGAGGCCCCGGGGGGAGCGCUGAGGCUGCGCCCCCGCCGGGCCAGCCCCCUCAAGUGGUGGCCAACGGCCCGGGCUCCGGCCCACCGCCUCCUGCGGGAGGCGCGGGCGCUCACGACGCGCUCUUCGAGUCGCCCCGGGGCGGCAGCGGCGGGGACUGCAGCGCGGGCUCCACGCCUCCCGCCGACCCCGCCACUGCGUCCGGGGCUGGGGCUGCGGCCGGCGGAGCGGGCCCUGCGGGCUCCCGGGUGCCCGCACCUCACCACCCGCACCUUCUGGAGGGGCGCAAGGCAGGCGGUGGCAGCUACCACCAUUCGAGCGCCUUCCGGCCAGUGGGCGGCAAGGACGACGCGGAGAGCCUGGCCAAGCUGCACGGGGCGUCGGCGGGCGCGCCACACUCGGCCCAACCGCACCACCACCACCACCACCACCAUCACCACCCGCACCACCACCAUCAUCCCCCGCAGCCGCCGUCACCGCUGCUGCUACUGCCCCCGCAGCCGGACGAGCCGGGUUCCGAGCGCCACCACCCGGCCCCGCCGCCGCCCCCGCCCCUGCCUCCUCCGCUGGCCCCGCAGCCGCACCACCGAGGCCUUCUGUCCCCCGGGGGCACCAGCUGCAGCUACCCCAGCGAGGACAGCUCUGAGGACGAGGAGGACGAGGAAGAAGAGCAGGAGGUGGACGUGGAGGGCCAUAAGCCCCCAGAGGGCGAGGAAGAGGAAGAGGAAGGUCGAGACCCUGACGAAGAUGAGGAGGAAGACGAGGAGACCGGGGUCCUACUAGGAGACCCCUUAGUUGGAGGCGGCCGCUUCCUCCAGGGCCGAGGGCUGUCGGAGAAGGGCAGCAGCCGGGACCGCGCGCCAGCCGCCGCGGGCGCUUUCCCGCUGGCCCUGAACUCCUCCAGGCUGCUGCAGGAGGACGGGAAACUGGGUGACCCGGGCGGCUCGGACCUGCCCCCGCCCCCGCCCCCGCCCCUGGCCCCCCAGAAAGCGAGUGGCGGCGGUAGCAGCAGCCCGGGCAGCCCAGUCCACCAUCCAUCACUUGAGGAGCAGCCCUCCUACAAAGAUAGUCAGAAAACUAAGGAAAAUAACCAAGUUAUUGUAUCUCCAAAGGAUGACAACAACUUUUCAGAUAAGAACAAGGAGCACAGCUUUUUCAUCACAGACUCUGAUGCUUCUGGAGGAGAUUUUUGGAGAGAAAGAUCAGGUGAACACACACAAGAAACCAAUUCACCUCAUUCACUCAAAAAGGAUGUGGAAAAUAUGGGGAAAGAAGAACUUCAGAAGGUUUUAUUUGAACAAAUAGAUUUACGAAGACGACUAGAACAAGAAUUUCAAGUGUUAAAAGGAAACACAUCUUUCCCAGUAUUCAAUAAUUUUCAGGAUCAGAUGAAAAGGGAACUAGCCUACCGAGAAGAAAUGGUACAACAAUUACAAAUUAUCCCCUAUGCAGCAAGCUUGAUCAGGAAAGAAAAGCUUGGCGCCCAUCUCAGCAAAAGCUAAAAGGUGCACAGAACUACUUACUCUUGUUCUCUUGUAAGAUACAGCCUGCCACUGAGCACUUCUGACCUGCAUAAAGACUGCGAAUUGAAAGGGCUUGGGAAUCAGGUUCGGGAGAACCUAAGGACAAGUGACCUCAAAACAGCAUGGACAACCAUGUAAAAUAGACUGUAGCAGCCAUCCAUUAGUGGGGGGAGGGGGGAGCCAACCAGAGCCGUCAAUGCUUGUCGCAUCUUUUGGUGGAACCAAAGUUUGAGUCUUUGUGUUUUUAAAGGACGACUGAAUCGGAGUGUGGGAAGUGCUGUUAGCCAACCAGGGUGGGAAACCCAUGGAAGGUCCCAAGGGGUCUCAGUGCUGCACACAUGGAGAGGGCAACUCUACAAGACUGUCUUUUGCUUUUGAAGAAGUGAUUCUUGGUGGAAAGAAAACGCAAGACCUGUCCUAGGUGUGGGGAUCGCAUUUCGACAGAUGGGAAGGCACCAGCCGAACAGACCUGCUUUUCAUAGCAAACUGAACAGACUUCCACGUGGCCCCUUCCUCUCUGGUACUUUGCCUGCUGUAUGAAUGAAGAUUGUAUUCCUCUGGAAAUAUUUUACAGUUUAAUAUUGAGUGUAAUUAAGAAUAUAAUCAUGUUAUCAAAAAUGGUA